AUGCAGCCCCCUCACCUCCUCUUUCUCCCCCUCCUCCUCCCUGGGAUGUGGGCAGACCCAGAGGAGCCGCAGGUUUUCCAGCUGCUCCAGACCAGCUUCUUUGCCAACGUCACCUCUGCCGAGGUGUCCUUUGUGGCUCUCUUGGGGGACGUGCCCGUCUUUGCGCUGGAUCCUGCCAGCUGGAACAUCCACUUCCACUGGCCCUGGGCCCGCCAGGCCUCAGCCGAGGGUGAUGUGGAGAAGCUCAAGUCCCACUCCAAACUCAUUCUGCGCAAUAUGAUCCGAUAUGUGCAUGAAACAGCCCAGCAGGCACAACUGGACUACCCAUUCGUGGUCCAGAUCCGUGCGGGCUGUGUGCUGCACCCCAAUAGGACAAGCUGGGGCUUCAUGGAUGUCGGGGUGGGCAGCAGAGACCUCAUAGCUUUUGAGAUGGAGAGGCAGCGCUGGGAGCCCCGGCAGCCAUCCCCACUAGCAGAGCUCGUCAGCCAGUCCCUCAGCAGCAAGAAGGCCAUCGCGGGGCUCCUGGAGCACCUCCUUUCCAUCUCCUGCCAGAGCUACAUCCUCACCCUGUGCAGGUACGGGAGGGCUGAUCUGGAGAGACAAGAGCCGCCCGUGGCCACGGUCUUUGCCCGCACACCCAGACCAGACCAGCUCCUGCUGGUUUGCCGCGUCACCGGCUUCUACCCACGGCCCAUCAGCGUGGCCUGGCUGCGGGAUGGCCAGGAGGUGCCGCCGGGCCCAGCGCUCAACACCAGCACCAUCCUGCCCAACGCCGACCUCACCUACCAGCUCCGCAGCGUCCUGGCCGUGGCCUCCUAUGACGGGCACAGCUACACCUGCCGCGUGCGCCACCGCAGCCUGGGCACCCGCAGCCUCCUCAUCCCAUGGGAAAACCGCAGCACAGCUCCAACCGCUGGCAUCGCCAUUGCAGUGCUGCUCCUUGUGGCCGCAGCCUCUGCCGGGGGGUUUUGGUGGUGGAAGCGCAGGAAAGGUGAUGAGGCCACAUGGGAGACCCGGGAAUUCAUCAUUUGA